AAUGGUCCGAGCGGGACCUCGCGUUCCCCCCGCCGCCGCACUGACUGACUGAGCCGGCGAACCAGGCUUGGACUGGUCGCCCAGCCGACAGGCUCGCUCCCUCCGUCGCGUCCCCAAAGCUCGCGCCCAUCGUUCUCCCGGCUUCCCGGGGCAAAGCAUGUAGCCCCCGUCGGGCGCCCGGGCGGCCCGCAGCUGACGCCCACCCCCCCACCGUCGCGUGUGUGCCCGUGUGUGCGUGUGUGUGCGCAGGGCGGGCGACCCCGCAGCGGGCCUGAGGCCGAGCCAGAGAGCGGCCUGCCCCGCUGCCGGAGCUCGCCUUUCGGGGCCUCCUUACUUCCCUGUCCCGGUCCCCCUCCUCGGGGCCUUCUAUAUGGGCCACCUUCUCUCGAAGGAGCCGCGUAACCGCCCGAACCAGAAGAGGCCUCGCUGUUGCAGCUGGUGCCGCCGCCGCCGCCCUCUCCUCAGGCUGCCCCGCCGGACCCCGGCCAAGGCGCCCCCCCAGCCGGCGGCGCCCCGGAGCCGGGACUGCUUCUUCCGCGGGCCCUGCAUGCUCUGCUUCAUCGUGCACAGCCCCGGCGCGCCCGCCCCCGCCGGCCCAGAGGAGGAGCCGCCGCUCUCGCCGCCGCCGCGGGACGGGGCCUACGCCGCGGCCGCCUCCUCGCAGCACCUGGCGCGGCGCUACGCGGCCCUGGCUGCCGAGGACUGCGCUGCCGCCGGCGGCGGCGGGCCUGCCGGGGGAGGCGCCUCGCCGCCGCGGCCCCCCGACGCCGGCUGCUGCCAAGGCCCCGAGCAGCCACCGCAGCCUCUCUGCCCCCCGUCCUCCUCUCCCACUUCCGAGGGUACCCCCACAGAGGCCGGCGGGGACGCCGUCCGAGCGGGGGGCACCGCCCCCUCGCCCGCCCAGCAGCAGCGUGAAUGCGGCGACGCGGACUGUCAGGAGCCCCCCGAAAACCCCUGCGACUGUCACAGGGAUCCACCCCCCGAAACCCCAGACAUCAACCAGCUGCCGCCAUCCAUCCUGCUCAAGAUAUUUUCCAAUUUAUCCCUGGAUGAGCGUUGCCUUUCUGCCUCGUUGGUUUGCAAGUACUGGCGUGACCUUUGUUUAGAUUUCCAGUUUUGGAAGCAGCUGGAUCUUAGUAGUCGUCAGCAGGUCACUGAUGAAUUAUUGGAAAAAAUUGCAUCAAGAAGUCAGAAUAUAAUUGAAAUCAACAUUUCUGAUUGUCGCAGUAUGUCUGAUACAGGCGUAUGUGUUCUAGCAUUUAAGUGUCCUGGACUUCUUAGGUAUACAGCCUACAGGUGUAAACAGCUUUCUGACACUUCUAUUAUUGCGGUUGCCUCUCAUUGUCCUUUACUUCAGAAAGUUCAUGUAGGCAACCAGGACAAACUUACUGAUGAAGGACUCAAACAGCUGGGCUCAAAGUGCAGAGAACUCAAAGAUAUUCAUUUCGGCCAAUGUUACAAGAUCUCAGAUGAAGGCAUGAUCGUCAUAGCUAAGGGCUGUCUGAAAUUACAAAGAAUAUACAUGCAGGAAAACAAAUUAGUAACAGAUCAGUCAGUGAAAGCAUUUGCUGAGCACUGUCCUGAACUUCAGUACGUUGGCUUCAUGGGUUGUUCGGUUACUUCUAAAGGAGUCAUUCACCUAACCAAGCUACGAAAUCUUUCCAGCUUGGACCUACGUCAUAUCACUGAACUGGAUAAUGAAACCGUGAUGGAAAUUGUCAAGAGGUGCAAAAAUCUUAGCUCUCUCAAUCUCUGCCUGAACUGGAUCAUAAAUGACAGGUGUGUGGAGGUCAUUGCAAAGGAAGGACAAAACCUGAAAGAGCUGUAUUUGGUGUCCUGUAAAAUCACAGAUUAUGCACUGAUAGCCAUUGGCCGGUACAGCAUGACAAUAGAGACUGUGGAUGUUGGAUGGUGUAAAGAAAUUACAGAUCAAGGAGCCACCCUGAUUGCACAGAGCAGCAAAUCUCUAAGAUAUUUGGGACUGAUGAGAUGUGAUAAAGUCAAUGAAGUGACAGUGGAACAGCUGGUGCAGCAGUACCCCCACAUCACCUUCAGCACCGUGCUGCAGGACUGCAAGAGGACCUUGGAGAGAGCCUAUCAGAUGGGCUGGACCCCCAACAUGUCUGCUGCCUCCUCCUAACACUCCUGCUCCCACGUAGGUCCACUCGGAUCAGUCAGCAGGGCGGAGAGGAGCAGGAGAUUUGGGGCAGGCGAUCCCUUGGAAGGGUUUUAACUGUUCCACGUGUACGGGUGUACCCGAGUGUGUAUAUUUGUGUCUUGUUUGCAUACUGCAUAGCAUAAGCGCAAUUGCUAUUUGUUCCCAGGUGAGCUGGGGUUCUUUUUUUUCUCCUUAAAAAUUAAAAAUUUCAAAAUUCACACACACCUUUUAGUUUUUAAGUUCAAAGACUUGUUUCUCUAAAAAUUUUUUCUUCCUGUAGAACCAAAAAAACAUCGGUCUAUUAUUUUGAGCUUCUAACUACUGCCUCUUGAAGAUGCCCCAAAAUUAAUGCAACUGUCUUGUCUUUUGAUGGGAUAGAAUCGUGCACUUCUGAUGAUCACCAGACCAGAAGUGAUGUUGCACUAAUUGGAAACCGGGAAACCAGUACCCUGCAAAAUUUCAAGCACGUACACAUAUAUACGUUCUUACACUCCUUCAUAAACAUGCACACGUGCGUGCGUACACAAUUCCAGGGCAGUUUCUUUCUAGACCAUUUUUGACACAGGGGCGUUCCUCCAGGUCACUGAGGAAACAUGUCAUCCACUGUGGCUCUGCCUAACUCACUGUAUCCACAGAUGGUCAACUUGCUAUCUGGAGAUGAUGUAGGGACUAGAGAGAAUUAAGCCUUCGGUGAAGUUUUUAUAUGGAGGCAACGAUCUGAACUCCCCUGGCCAGCUCACAAAAGUUAAUUAUUCAUUAUUUUGCAAAUGUGUUCUGUUGAGUCCUGAAUAUUUCAGUGAAGUUUUGUGUUAACGUUGUGUUAGCUUUUAUUUCAUGGAUAGUAACUGGUCCAGAUAUAUUUUAAUGAUAUUUGGAGCUAACCUUAGCAUUCUCCACAUUAAAGGCACCAAUGUAAUUAAUAGUGCGCAGUUAUUUAAAAACAACCCUACCGAUCAUUUAAUUAUUUUUUUGUUAAUUUUGGUAAUUAUGAACAUGUAUUUCUGAAAUUUGGAGGUAGUCACAUGAAUAGAAAAUUAAUGAGUGAGAUAUAAGUAGACAAUCUUCCUAUUACUUUCUUUUUUUCUUUUCUCUCUUUUUUUUUCUUUGCUUUGCUUUGAGCUUUAGAACAGGUUUUAUGGAUAUAUGCAUGUUAUUUUUGAAUAGUUCUUGUGCUACUGCAAAGAUCUAUUGCUGGUUAAUGUAUGAGUUAAGAGGAAAAAAUUAGAAAGUCUUUUCAUUAAGAUUUUGUUUACACUUGUCAGAAAUAAGCAUUUCUUUGUUUAAAGAUUGCCAGCUUUCAGUUAAGACAAUAUCGAUAAGUAAAUGAAUAUGUGUUUUGAUUUCACACAUCUUUACAAUUAAUUCAUAGUAGGGACUCAGGCUCAAGUAAACUUGCCUGUGUCUAGAUUUAUAAUCAAGACCACAGGGAGCCUUUUUAAGCUAAAGAGUGAUUAUCUUUCACAGUAGAGCUAGAUACAAAACCCUGACUUGUGAGUUUGCUAUUUAUUCUCCCCCCAAUGUGGACAUAACUGGGUUUUUUUGGUCUUUAACAGAUAUACUAAGGUUUGAGUUUCACUUUCUGUAAGCCCCAAUAUGGCUAAAAUGAUACUAGCUGCAAGAAACAAAAUAUAGCUUUACAUUCAAAUACUAUUCACUUAUUUAUAAAGACUCCUUUUUUGUAAACACUGUUUCCUUUGAUUACGUCAACAUGUUUCUGAUGUGGCAUUGUUUUUGCUUUUAAUCCCAAUCAGUUAAGAAAAUCUACUUAGUAAGCACCAAGGGUAUUUUUUCCAUCACCAGAUAACUAAUUUAAUUUGAAAGGAAUACAAUUUGUGUAAGAUUAAAAACUGUUUAUUAUUAAUAAAAGAGUUCGUCUUGCACAUCAAAUAGUAUCGUUUUCAUAUUCAUUUCCCCACCACUGAAAAAUAUUUUAAUUCACAAUAUUUUAACUGGUUUUUAAUCCAAAACUAAUUUAUAAGACAGUAUGUAUAGAAAUAGUAGCUUGAGUGAAUAAGCAAAAGUUUAAUUUUUAUAUACGUCACACUAUAUUUUAAAUAGUUAAAAAAAAAAAAAGGGGAGAGCCAUUGAUGAUAUGGAUGGUGCCAUUUCAGUUCAAAGUUGUCAUCUUUAGAGUGUUACAGUUUGCUUGUCAAAUGGUUUCAGAAGUGUAAAAUUGAUUUUUUUUUAUAAUGUUGCGUUGUUUGAAUCUCAAAUACAGCACUAUAACAUGCUUUAGCUUGGGGGUGGGGUGGGGUGGGGAACUUGCACUUAUUCUUUAAGAUGUUGACUAAUCCAGAAAGCCUGAUGCAACAUAACCUGGAAAACUGCUUUGGUAUAUUUGUAGAAAUCUGUAGAAACAUCAUAUCCAGCCUCAAAGCAUUAAUCUCAAAAAAACAACCAGAAAAAAAAAAAAAAAAAAAGCAUCACCUUGAGUGAUCCUGUGAUGGUUGUUGAAUGUGUUCUCAUUAGAUGCUUUGAAAUGAGGCUUAAAAUUAUUUCUGGGCAAUAUAGUUUCUUGUUUUGCUUAGAAUGUCAUAAAUAUAUGUGAACACGUUUAAUGCAGGGCUUUGUAUCCUCUCCAAAAUGUCAACAGUAUUUUCAGAAUAAAGACUAUGAAAUAUAUUGCUGUAGUGAAAAAUUCUGGUCCUUUGUCUUUAAUGUCUUUUUGAGUGGAUAAAGGAAAUUCACCCAGUUUGUAGUUUCUAUAUUUCCGUGAAUCUUUUGACCUUGCAAUGGGUUGCAAUAAAAGAGAAACAAAAUA